CUGUUUGAGAAAAGCGCCACACGGCACCCGUAGCCGCAUCCCAGAUUCAGCGCUGCCGCUGCUGUCACAACAGAGAAAGAGGAUAAUAAGUUAUUAGACCGCUGACAGAAGAAUAAUCCUCUUCAUACCGACCCCAAGCCGCUAACAUUUUAUUUCAAAAUGUCUGACAAAAGUGAGCUGAAAGCAGAGUUAGAGAGAAAGAAACAACGAUUGGCCCAGAUCAGGGAGGAGAAGAAGAGGAAAGAGGAAGAACGCAAGAAGAAAGAGCUGGAUGGGCGGAAGGAGGGAGCAUCUCCUCCGCAGGAUGACUCUGAUCUGGAGAGGAAGAGGAGGGAGGCAGAAGCCCUGCUGCAGAGCAUGGGGAUAGUGGAUGCCUCCAUGGUGCAACCUCUGCGCGUGGUAACAGAGGAUACGUGUCUGUUUCACUAUUUAGUCCCCCCUCCCAUGUCCCCCUCUGCCAAAUCAGUGGGCACACCCAGCGAAACGGGCAGCCAGGACUCAGGAGACGGCGGCACAGGGCCGAGGACUCUUCAUUGGGACUCUGACCCCUCUACUCUACUGCUCCAUUCAGACUCUCAGCUCGGACGUGGCCCGCUGAAGUUGGGCAUGUCAAAGGUCACGCAGGUGGACUUCCCGCCCAAAGAGCUGGUGUCAUACUCAAAAGAAACCCAGACGCCCACACAGACUCAUCACAAAAAUGAUGAGGAAGAGGAGGACGAUUUGGCUGUGACGCAGCCUGUACUGGAGCCUCAAGAGGAGAAAGACUCUCAAAAAGAGGAAGAAGAAGCGCCUCAUGAGCUGACGGAGGAAGAGAAACAACAGAUUCUUCACUCAGAGGAAUUCGUGACUUUCUUUGACCACAGCUCUCGUAUUAUGGAGCGCGCUCUCUCUGAGCAGGUGGAUGUUUUUUUCGACUACAGUGGGCGAGACCUUCAGGAUAAAGAGGGGGAGUCUCAGGCUGGGGCCAAACUCUCCCUGAACAGACAGUUUGCAGACGAACGCUGGUCUAAACACAGAGUCGUCACCUGUCUCGACUGGUCACCACAGUACCCUGAGCUGCUGGUGGCGUCGUACUCCAGUAAUGAGGAUGCGCCACAUGAGCCGGACGGUGUGGCUCUCGUCUGGAACAUGAAAUAUAAGAAAACCACACCAGAAUAUGUCUUCCACUGCCAGUCUGCAGUGAUGUCCGCAGCGUUUGCACAGUUUCAUCCUAAUCUGGUGGUUGGAGGCACGUACUCGGGUCAGAUCGUCCUGUGGGACAACCGAAGUAACAAACGCACCCCUGUACAGAGGACUCCACUCUCAGCCUCAGCUCACACGCACCCGGUGUUCUGUGUGAAUGUGGUGGGAACUCAGAACGCUCACAAUCUCAUCAGCAUCUCCACGGAUGGGAAGAUGUGCUCCUGGAGUCUGGACAUGCUGUCUACACCACAGGACAGUCUGGAACUCGUGUUCAAACAGUCCAAGUCAGUUGCAGUGACCUCCAUGUCAUUUCCUCUGGGUGACGUCAAUAACUUUGUAGUGGGCAGUGAGGACGGGUCUGUCUACACCGCAUGUAGACAUGGCAGUAAAGCGGGCAUCAGUGAGAUGUUUGAGGGUCAUCAUGGACCAAUCACAGGGCUCGACUGCCACACAGCGGCAGGACCAGUCGACUUCUCUCACCUGUUUGUUACUUCCUCUUUUGACUGGACCGUCAAACUCUGGAGCACCAAGAACAAUAAGCCUUUGUACUCUUUUGAGGACAAUUCAGACUACGUGUAUGAUGUCAUGUGGUCACCCACACAUCCGGCUCUGUUUGCUUGUGUGGACGGGCUCGGACGUUUGGACCUGUGGAACCUUAACAAUGAAACUGAGGUUCCCACAGCAAGCGUAAGCGUGGAAGGAAACCCUGCGCUGAACCGUGUGCGCUGGGCUCACUCGGGACGAGAGGUGGCCGUCGGCGACUCUGAGGGUCAGGUGCACAUUUACGACGUUGGAGAGCAAAUUUCAGUGCCCCGGCAGGACGAGUGGACUCGCUUUGUGCGCACGCUCACUGAGAUCAACGAGAACCGUGAGGACGUAGAGGAACUGGCUGCUCAACGAUUGGCUGCAUGAUCACCAUAGCAACCCCUGCUGACCAAUGACGGUUCCCCUGCUUUUGCAUAUCUCCACCCUCUCUGAAGUUAUUUUAGUGUUACUGGAUGACAAUCUUGGGCUCUUUUUUAAUUCUAAAGGGACAAAUGGAUUAUUACAGAAAGCAAGACUUUGCUUUUAACAAAUUAAGCACUUAAGAGUUGCUAAAUUUUGGAGUAAUAUUCGUAGUGGGAUGGGAUAAACUUGGUUAACUUAGAUCAUAUCAGGUGGGAAUUAUUAUGUUUUUAUCUAUUUAUAGAAUAAGAGGCUAAUUUGCUGUGCAACAGCACUAGCACUACGAAUAUGCAAACUAAUGUACAGCAUCUUUAUAAUGAUCUAAGACACUAACAUAACCUACAGUAACUGGAGAAAUAAAUUUUUAAGAGGUGGAAUAUUUUUAACAUUCCCCUCUGGACAAACUUUCACAUUAUUGGAUUAUUUAUAGCUUUUUAACAAAUGCGUUUUGUUUUUAACUCGUAAAGACUGAACAUGUAUGUUUGUAAUAACUCAGAGCAGAAUCAGCAUACUUUCCAACAACUCAGUUCUUCUGAAUGCCUUAAAGCGAACCUUAGAAUACACAUUGCACACACACACACGCGCGUAUCCACAAACUUCCAUCACAUAGCAUUAUGUUCUCUUGGUGCUUGUUCAUCCCGGCGCUUAUGACUGAAAAAUCUUUUUUUGCCUUAGCAAAAAGUGUAAAAAAUGCCCUGUGUUUUGUCAUUUUUAAAGGGGCUGUGGUUCCUUGAUUAGUAUUUCAAAGCCUGUAGGUUUAAACUGAAAAACUUCCCUUUGGCAAAUAUUUAGACUAAUAGUGUUAUUAUUUUGCCAUUUAAUUUUACUAAUAUGUUCUACACCAAGUAGUUCAUAACCAGCUUGUCCACAAUUGAAUCCUGUUAUAUUUAUGUAUUUUAUUUUUUUUUUGUCAUUUGAAUUUAGAGACCUCCCAGCUCAUAGCGUGUAUGAUCUUACAAAAAAUUUGAAAUAUCAGUUUAUUCAUUUUCUGUGGAUUUCUAGUAGUAUUUAUCUAAUUUAUGCAUUUUCCUUGACAUUGUAUAAGCAACAACAUUUAGUUACUGACAUGAAAUCUCAAAACCUGAAAAGAGCUUCCUUUUUACGUCCACAUACAUUUAGCAUAAAAUCUUUCUGUUGGAAAGAAACAUUGGCAAUGUUUUGACAUGAAUUGAACCUAGAGUUUAAAAUAUUGUGGCCAAUUAAAGGGUUCAGAGCAUCCAAAAUGAAAAUGUACUAUAAAAAAAAAAAAAAAAACCCUGCCUUAAUCUAGACAUAUUCUGAACCAAAGCUAGUCGGUUUGUCUGUUUCCUUUGAGUGUUGUUUUACGAGUGGUGAAAUGAAGGAAGCUCUGCACCUCUGUAUCUGACAUGUGAUUACAUUCAUCAGGAUUCCCACAGUCAUGUAAAACCCAGUCAAUUCAGGGAAUUUUAAAAUUGAUAUAUUUCCAGGUCCAUAAAAAUUGUGUAAAUAAAAUCUUGGAAAGAUGUCUUGGAAAUAUCUGUAGCUUGGGAUUUCAUGAUUAGGAGCUUUUGGCUGAACUCUUUCCCCGCCAUUGACAGAAUUUCCGUCAUUUAUGACACAAAGCUUUCCCGCCAUUGACGAGCUUUUCCUGCGAUGGAAGCAUCGUAAGCUAACGUGAUCAAAAAACAGCAUAUAAAUCAAAACUGAAUGAAAUGUUGAACCCAAAGAGGUACAUGACUGUAUGAACUUUGGGGGUGUUGAUGGACUUGAUCUACUCCAUUUAGGUUUUGUGAGAAUGAUCAAAAUUGCAAGACAACUUAAAAAAAAAAAAAAAAAAAAAAAAAAAAGACAGGCGGGAAAGAGUUGUUAGACAAUAUGUUUGUGUAAACUGUUAAUACCCAUACAGUUUAUUCACAAUGAACUUGAAAAAUAAAAUGUUUAACAUAUGACAAUGACAAUAUAAAAAAAUAAAGUAUUUUAGGCAUUUAAAAUGCAUAUUCCAUUGCAUUUAUAUAUUUGCUUUGGACACAAUUGGACUUUCAAGAGCACAAUGAUCACAAGUCACCUCAAAUAAUCAAUUAUAUCACAUAAUGGUAUUUCCUUAGCUAGAAAUUGAGCUUUGUGCAUGCAAUUUCUAUAUUAUGUUUUAGAAAAAUCCAGUAAUCAUGAAUAGAAACAUAACUGGUCAAAAUGUGUGGGAACCCUGAUUUACCCGAUGACUGCAGUGAGCAGGACAAGCGUGUUGAUGCAUGUGCGUUUGAUCAUGCAACAAUUUCACUAAUUCUUUUGUAACUUGCUGUAAUAAACUCAAUAAAACCUUCACAAACUAGAAAUAAAA